AUGCAGACCAACAUCGAGCCCAUUGCCAUCUGCGGGAUGUCAUGCCGUCUACCGGGCGGUGUAGAUUCGGCUUCCUCAUUCUGGAGGAUGCUCGUGGAGAAGCGGACCGGUCAGACUCCCAGAGUCCCGGCGUCCCGGUUCAACAUCGAUGCACACUAUCACGAAGACCGGGACAGACCCGGAUCUUUCAACGUCGCCGGCGGGUACUUCUUGGACGGGAGCCCAGACGACUUUGACCCCGGUCUCUUCAACAUGACCCCUAUUGAAGCACAAUGGCUUGAUCCCCAACAGCGACGGAUGCUCGAGGUGUCUUAUGAAUGUCUAGAGUCUGCAGGGCUGACGUUGGAUGAUGUGGCUGGCUCCAAUACGGCUGUCUUUGUGGGCUCCUUCACAUCAGACUACCAACAGAUGUCCACCCGGGAGCCCGACUUCCGGCAUAACUACGCUGCCACUGGAGUUGACCCCGGGAUUAUCAGCAAUCGUAUUGGAAAUAUCUUUAAUCUGAAUGGUCCCAGUUUCACUAUAAACACAGCUUGCUCCUCCUCCAUCUAUGCACUCCACAACGCCUGCCACGCUCUUCGUGCGCGGGACUGCGAAUCGGCCAUCGUUGGAGGUGUCAACUUGAUACUGACGGUAGACCAACACAUGAAUACUGCCAAACUAGGAAUCCUGUCUCCCACAUCGACAUGUCACACACUAGAUGCGUCAGCCGAUGGCUAUGGACGUGCCGAAGGAGCAGGCGCAUUAUACGUCAAGCGUCUGUCCGACGCCAUCAGAGAUGGGGAUCCUGUCAGGGGAGUAAUCCGUUCCACGGCCGUGAACACAAACGGCAAAGUCGAUGGGAUGGGCAUCACGCACCCUAGCGGCAAAGGUCAGGAGAGUGUCGUACGCUUGGCAUACGAUAAGGCCGGUCUUGAUCCCCGGCUCACGGCGUAUGCUGAAUUACACGGCACCGGAACCCCCGUGGGAGAUCCAAUCGAGGUCAGGGCUAUUUCUCGAGCCUUGAAUGACGAACGCUCGAAGGAGAAGCCUCUGCUGAUAGGCGCGGUCAAGCCAAACAUCGGUCACAGUGAAGCUGCAAGUGGAGUCUUUGCCGUUAUGAAGGCGGCUUUGAUGACAGAGGCUGCUGUGAUCCCCGGCGUUGCAUUGUUCAAGCGGCUCAAUCCAGAGAUUUUGGAGCAGGACUGGAACGUCAAGGUCCACGCAGACACAGCACCGUGGCCCCAGGAUACGGGACUUCGUAGAGCAAGCGUGUCCUCGUUCGGCUACGGUGGCACGAACGGACAUGUUAUUGUCGAGUCGGUAGAGUCCCUAUACCCUUUCUAUCAGCAUGGCCAGCGCAAAAGCGACGCCCGAUAUGAUCACUCGUCUAAAAGACCAUUGCUCUUAUGUUUCUCCGCACACGGUCAGUCUACGCUGUCUCGAAAUAUCCAGGCGAUUGGAGCUGUUGCUGCAGAUUAUUACACGGCCGAUCUGGCGCACACCCUGAACCUACACCGGACAAAGCUCUCUCACAGAGCCUUCACAAUCGCACGUGCCGGCCUAAAAACCGAAGCUUUCUCCUCGGAUGCGUUAAUAAAGGGGGUUCUACCGAAACGCAGAGGUGGCAUCGGUUUCAUUUUCACCGGUCAAGGCGCACAAUGGGCUGGUAUGGGCAGAGUUGCCCUUGCGGAGUUCCCAGCAUUCAGGGAUGUCAUCGCGAAAUUGGAUCAGAUCCUAGAGAGGCUAGACCCUAAAGCGACGUUCAGCUUGACUUCGAUGCUCAUGGAUCAGUCCAAAAAAAAUGCCUGCGGGGUCAACGAUGCUGAGGUAGCUCAGCCGUUGUGUACAGCCAUCCAGAUUGCUCUUGUGGACCUGUUUCAUCAGUGGGGAAUUGUCCCGUCUGUCAGCAUCGGUCACAGUUCUGGAGAAAUAGGGGCUGCGUACGCUGCUGGUUUUAUCAGUGCAGCCGAAGCGAUCGUGAUCGCUUUCUGCCGAGGCCGUGCCGCGUGUACCUCUGGCCCAGGGUCCAUGCUCGCCGUUGGACUUGGAGCGAAAGAUGUCAGUCGUCUAUUCUCACCAGAGACUGACAACGUGUACAUUGCAUGUGAGAACUCGCCAGGCAGUGUCACUCUCAGUGGCGACGCUCAGGCUAUCUCCAAGCUGGCUUGCCAACUGAAAGCAAAAUGCAUCUUCGCACAAGAGUUGAGUACGGGACGUGCGUACCAUUCACCCUACAUGGCUACAGUAGGAGACACAUACGAUGCCAUGUUGCCGCAGGGUCUGGCGGUGCUCACGAAUGACGACCUAGCCUGGCGCCACCCUCGAUCGCAGAUGAUAUCAUCCGUCACGGGGGAGGCCUUGACGGGAGAUUCUAUCACGCCCGAUUAUUGGAGCACCAACCUGCGAGAACGCGUGCUUUUCGACACAGCUGUCAGACGCAUGGGCUCCGACAAGGAGUUCGACCAGGUCACCUCCAUCAUCGAGGUUGGGUGCCACUCUGCCCUCUCUCGCGCCUUCAAGCAGAUCGGUCUCGAGAACAAGACCUACAUACCGUCCCUCGUACGAGAAAAAGACGACACGGGGCAGCUUCUCGCCGUGGCGGGCUCGCUUUUCCUGGCUGGAUACCCUGUCGACUUGGCGGCAGUCAACAGCGACAGUGCGCAGGAACAUAAUAUGGCUCGCAAGCCCAGAACCCCCUAUCUUCUCGUUGACUUGCCGCCUUACCAGUGGAACUACGAAAAGCGGCACUGGGCCGAGCCUCGGGCGAGUCUCGAGCUGCGAAACCGCGCAUAUCCGCGUCAUGACCUACUGGGCAGCCGGGUGGCCGGGCUCUCGAAUAGCUGCAAGGUGUGGCGGAACGUGCUUCGACUCCGGGAUGUGCCAUGGCUGAGAGAUCACAACCUUGGUGGUGCUGCCGUAUUCCCCGCGGCUGGGUACCUGUCUGUUGCGAUCGAGGCACUUCGACAGGUGCAUGAAAUCGAGGGCCUACCCUUCGAGGGUGUGACUCAUCGCGAUGUUGAUAUCAAGACCGCUUUAGUCGUGCCGGAUGGCGAUGGUAUUGAGGUUGUGGUCUGCUUGCAUACUGCCGAUGGCUCGGACUGGCAUACGUAUUCCGUCGAGUCCCUUGACUGCGGUCAGUGGACCCUGCAUUGCGAAGGGAAAAUCUCCGCAACACAUGCGCCUAUCACAUCCCGGAGCCAUCCCGUCGACGAGACUGCCCUUACACAACGUGCCACCGGCAAGCGAUGGUACAAGGCUUUCCACAGGGUCGGCUUCAACUACACGAGCACAUUCCAGCGGCUCCAGGACGUACGCACGGAGCGAUCGCUCCACCACGCCGCUGGAGGCGUCAUCGUGACACAGCGAUCCGGCGUGAUGCAGGGCGAGUCCCGGUAUAUGAUCCAUCCAUCUACCAUCGACGCCUGUUUGCAACUGAUCAUCAUCUCCAUCCACGCCGGAAAGCACAAGGAGAUGCCGUGGGGUGUUGUUCCUACUCACAUUGACAAGGUAUCGAUGUUCUUUCCCGAGGGCGAAAAUGUCGUCGCGGGCCAUGCUAUAGCGUGGACGGACAAGUUGGAGGACCGGCGCUUCAAUACCCAUACGGUCCUCAGAGGACCCGGCGACAACCUCCUCAUGGACAUCGAGGACCUCACAUGCGUCUCGUAUGAGGCCGUUCUGCCUGCUCAAGCCAGAGAUCUGGCUGAUCCCGAGCCGUUCUCCGUGACGACCUGGAAGGCGGACAUCACCGCGCUGCGGACGGACACAUGCAGCGAUCCCCCGAUGCAGUUGGGCAGCCUGGCCCACAUCGUCGAACUCAUAUCUCACCAGAACCCAGUCAAAAGCGCACUGAUCUGCGGAUUGGACUGGGAGGUGGUGGAUUCUGUAAUGAGAACGCUACCCGGAACCUGUGCCGUCACACUGGGCCUCACUGAAGACCGGCGAGGUAGUCUUUCUGGAAGCAAGAGCGACCGUGUUGCUUCCAGCGUCUUGGAGCUAUCACCGCAAGACUUGCUGGGCGACCUUACUGAUCGAGUAUACGAUCUCCUGGUGGUUAACUUGUUAUAUCUUGGGAGCUCGUUCCCCAAAAUAGCUUCCAGCACGCUGAUGCCCUUCGUCAGUGGCGGCGGAUGGCUCGUGGGCGCACGGCACGACUUCUCAUCACUGAGUGGAUCAGCCAUCGGCUUUGGCGAACACUUCGCCUUGGUGAACACCGAGCCGGUAUUGACGAAUGGCACGAGCGGGCACACCGAGAGCAUCACCAUCUUAUCGUCAUCCUCCGCUUCUCCCCAUAAUCGAAGCUUAGCAGACACCCUGUCGGGAUACGGGAAGAGCCUCGCUCUGAGAUCACUGGACGACUUCUCUCCCGAAGCAGACCCAUUCUUCGUGAUCGACGACGCCGCAGGAACAUUCCUGCUUUCCUUAAACGAAAGCACCUUCGCCAGCCUCAAGUCUGUUCUCUCUGCGAGCGUCCCAGUGCUGUGGCUCACGCAGGGAGUCAAUGAAGGCCGCGCUCCUCAGGGGGGCAUGGCGGAGGGCUUCCUCCGCGUCAUCCGCUCAGAGCAGGCAUCGGCGCGGGUGGUUCUGCUCGAUGUCAGCCAUGACGAGAAGCCGGAGGACAUAGCGCGUGCUGUCGUCGAAAAGCUCGCCUCAGCUGCGCCGAGAGGCUCGGGGCAUGACUCCGAGUUUUGGCUGCACCACGGCGUUCUUCAUGUGCCGCGGCUCUACCCUCGUGGUGAUCUCAAUCGCAUGUGGAAUGAGUGGGAGCGGUCGUCUGAUGGAUCACCAAAGUUGUUGUCUGCAGGUGCCCCGAUCGCAUCAGGCUCUGCUGCAGGCGAGAUGGGGACCCGACAUGGUGGGCUAGCUGCAGACGAAGUCGAGGUUCAAGUCAAUGCGUCCGAGGCACGAGCCAUUUCAGGGUCGCACAUACUUGUUUAUGGAAGCAUCGUCCGGGUAGGACUUGCAGUGGACGACUCGGUUAUCGGGAAACGUGUAGUCGCCUUUGCCCGGGGAUCCGGAACCGUUGCUAGGACAUCUGUAUACGCUGUCGUGAAUGACAUGACCGCUUUUGAAGCGCCUGAAACUCUCCUUGCGGCACUGGCCGGGCUCCAGCCUCUGGUACACGCGUACCAGCUCAGCGGCAAAACGUGGGCAAGCUCCCAGGUCUUAUCCCUAGCCGGUGCCUCGAAACGCACGACGGCAAUUCUCGUCUCGCUUGCACGCGCACUGGGUUUUGAACUUUCUAUCAUUGCCGAAACUGCCGGGCAGCAGCAAGAUGAUGCGUCUCGAUUCUCGCUCGACAAGACCAAGGUCCUUCUGUCAAGCGACAGCGAAGCCCUGCUGGCCUCAUUAGACGGGAUCGCGCAGGGGUCGUCGCUUUCUGUCAUCGCCCAUGACUUCACGCCUCUAGCACAGGCAAUAUGGAGCAACAUCCCAGCUGGCAGCAAGUUUCUCUUGGUGACGAGCAGCCCUUCGAUGCCACAAGCUCUCGACUGUCAGCCGUUUAUGCGAGGUGCCAGUUUCAUGCCUGUAAACACGAACGCAUUGAGCCUGGCAUCCGCCACGGUUGUCCUGAGAGAGUCUCUGGCUCUGAUUAAUAGGCAUCCUGACUUGCUCAGGGCAGGGGGUUCCGACCCGGCUACUAGUAGCGAGCCCCUCUCUGAGAAGCAAGCUGAUACCCCUGAGCGACAAGACCAGAGCGUGUCCCUGAGGCACCAGGACGACGAGAAUCAGGCAGAGAUCUCCCCCUCCUGUCCGACGGUGUCUCUUUCUCCCAAUGCGACAUAUCUUCUCGUUGGCUGUCUAGGCGGCCUCGGCCGAAGCCUCACAAAGUGGAUGAUGGAGCGCGGCGCGAAGCAUUUCGCCUUCAUCUCGCGCUCAGGGGCUGACAAGCCCGAGGCGGCGCGGAUCGUGGGCGAUAUCAAGCAGGUCGACGGGGCGUCGGCCACGGUUCACCGCGCUGAUGCGGCGGACGAGGAAGCUGUGCAGGGUAUUGUCAACUCGCUGCUGGAGGAGCGCCCGAUCCGUGGUGUUGUACACGCAGCGAUGGUGCUUAAGGACGGCAUGUUCGAGCAAAUGGACCACGCCUCCUUCACGGCAGUCAUCACGCCCAAGGUCAUGGGCGCGCUCAGUCUGCACAAGGCGCUGGGCAACCUAGACCUCGACUUCUUCAUCAUGACGAGCUCCGUGUCCGCCGUCCUCGGAAACACGGGCCAGAGCAACUACAGCGCUGCGAACAGCUUCCUCGAUGCCCUUGCGCGGCACCGCACCACCAACGGCCUAGCCGCCACGUCGCUGGCACUACCCAUGGUCCUAGACGUCGGCGUCGUGGCCGAAGACGACGCCCUGGAGCUCUCGCUGCUGCGCAAGGGCCUCUACGGCAUCAGCGAGCACGAGAUGCUGCGCGGGUUCGAGGUCGCAAUGGCCAAGUCGCGGCCCGCGCUUGUACCUUCCGCUCCUGCUUACAUGGAGUCAUCAUUGUCCAACGGGCUCGCCUCGUCGAUGGACACCCAGCUCGUCAUGGGCAUGGAGACACAGGAGCUGCGACGCGUAAUCACCUCCAUCGCCGCCGACAACGCGGACUUGUACUGGUACCGCGACGCGCGGCUCGUCCACGUUCGCGCCGCGCUCGAGUCCGGCAACCCCGUCUCCACCACGAUCGAUGCCAACGCCGACAGUCUCACCACGACCCUCGACGCCGCGCGCGCUGCCGGCGGUCCGGAAGCCGCCGUCGCGGCCAUCGCGCUGCACAUUGCGCGCCGCAUGUCGGGGAUCCUGAUGAUUCCCGUCGACGACUUCGAGCUCGACGGGGACGGCGGGCCGUCGCUGGGCAGUUACGGACUGGACAGCAUGGUCGGCGCCGAGAUGCGGUCGUGGCUGUUCAAGGAAUUUGCGCUGGACAUCCCAUUUCAGCAAUUGCUGGCGCGGACGAUGACGUUUGGGAAGCUGGCGCGGGUCGUCGCGGGCCGGAUGGGGAUUUGGGCGGAGGCUGGGCAGAGUUAG